AUGUCGUCUACCACCCAAACCCCAGCUACCACCCCCGCGACGGCCCUGGCCACGGGCAUGCGCAAGAAUGGCAAGAAAUGGCAAACUCCCAAGAAGGCCUUCCGCCCUAGCGCCGGCUUGACAUCCUACGCUAAGCGUCAGGAGGUCCGCAAGCAGCAUGAUGCUAAUAAGGAACGCGAACGUGAGAUGAAGGAAGAGAAGAAAGCCGAGCGUCAGGCCCACAUCCAGCGCAUCAAGGAUAAGCGAGCUGCCAAGGAGGAGAAGGCUCGCUACGAGAAGAUGGCAGAGAAGAUGCAUGCCAAGCGCGUCGAGCGCCUGAAGCGCCGUGAGAAGCGCAACAAGCUGCUCAGCUCUUAA